CUAUUGUUUAAAUCCAAUUAUUCAUAGCCUAUUAAAAAAUUUUGGUAUGCCUAAAAUUUAAAUGAUAAGCUUAGAGAUUAAAUGUAACAUGACUUUUUAGGAAUAUGUCUAUUAGGUCCAUUUUAAAAAAAAAAUCACACAUGAACCAAGGUUAUGACUUCUGUUUUAAUAUAUAAGAUUAUGAUCAUGUAGACAAUCAAAACACCAAUGUUGUCAAGAAGAAGAUCUGUUUUGAGGCAAAACCCUUCGAGGGUUGCCAAAAGAGUUACCCAUUAGACCACCAUAAGAACGACUUUUCCUAAUCUUAGUACACUUAAAGCAAGACAUCAAUCGAUGCAUCGGUCAAAAAAGCCAUGAAAACCGUGCCACUAAAUGAAGCUCCAUUGAACUCAUUGUAAGCAACUUUGUCUCCUUGAAAUUUAGACACUAAUGGAAAUGGUCUAACAGAUGGUCUAAAAGAGCAGCAACUUCGUCAGACAAGGAAGAACUCCUCAUUGAUUUAUAGGAAAAAAGUUGCCAUCAUACAAAUCAAUUUAUAUAUCUUAUAACAUAAAGAAGAGUGUGAUUCUCUUCUGAGAGAAACACGUCAUCAAAUAGCUUACUCUGAGCAUGACACGUGUAUCAUUCAACCAACACUUUGCGUUUCAUUUAAAUUGGUCAGUGAUACAUGUGGGCCUUUGUUUAUUGUUGGGCUUUAUGUUGUGUUUACUACAACCCAAGCCGAUAAACAGCAGAUCCAUGUGUUUCGAAACACAUCGUUUGUAAAUUUAGGGUCGAACGAGAUCCUGGCACAACCUGAGUUCUACUAUCGUUGUUUAUCUUCCUAACAAUCCGAAAAGCGACCAGUUACAGAUUCAUCUUCUUAAAGUCCUUAAAUCUAUCACUUAUGCAAGGCGGUGGAACUGCGACUAUAAAAACGUAAGCUUACCUCCUCUCAUAACCAUUUUCUCAAUCUCUUCAAACAACGAAGUAAACUUAUUUUCUCUCCUCUCUCCUGUUCCCCGAUUCGAGUGUUGUAACUCCACCAUUAAAUUUCUCCUGCUGAUUAAGAAGCUGUUCUGGGUGGAGUCUCGGAGGUUCCGGGUAAGAAGAAUCAAAAACUUCCAAACAGUUGUCAAGAAAGAUGAAAGAUGUGAAAGUGAUUGAAUUGGUGGGGGAUGAGGAUUGGUCUCCUCCACCGCCAAACGUUAGCUCCAGUAAAAACAAAGAGUCUGGUGCAAAUUCAACCAUUAAAUCACUGAGACCAGAUACUAUUUAGGAAGGCUAAUCUAGCAAUAGAAUGAGGGAAAAUGUGCUAUUAUAGAUCCCAACGGGUGCGAGAAGAGUACAUUACUGAAGCUAAUUAUGAGUUUAGAGAGGCCAAUAAAGGUGAAAUUAUUCUUGGAGAGCACAAUGUAGUGCCAACUGAAUUAUUUUGUGAAACUGAGUUAUCUUACAAGCUAGGAUAUCUAUAUAAAUAAAAGAAAAUUCUCUAUUUUGUUAGAGAGACAACUCAUCAAAAGAUUAACCCAACAAACUAUAACAUUUUGUUCACAUUUUCCACCUUAUUAUUUUACUCAGAUAUAUUAACACAUUGUUUCAAUUUAACCAAAUUUUCAUUACACUUUUUUUGUAUGAUAUAUCAUCUACAUAUAUCGUUUGAAACUCUACAAAGUACUAAUGUUGGACAUAUCAUGAUUUAUGCAUUUAGUUUUUCUUUGUACAUUUAUAUUUGAAAUACUAUAUUUUUUUAAAAAAAUGAAUGAAUAUUCUAAAAUAUUCAAAAUUAAAUUUAUUUAAAAACAAAUGGUAAAAGUGAUAGAAUGAAAUAGUAAAAACUAAUUUAGUUUCAAUUGAUAAUAGACUAAAGUUAUUUAAAAAUUUCAUCAUACUAUAAAAUAUAUUUAUAUUAUAUUGUUCAUUUGCUUACCCGCCCGUAGGGCGGGUUGCCUACUAGUAUAUAUAUAUAUCCUAUUUAUCCAAUUAUCUCAAAAAAGAAGCUAGCAAACAAAAGCAAUAACAUUAAUACGCAAAUUUAAAUACUACGUUGACAUCAGCAGUUAACAUUAUGAGUUACUUUUUGUGGGUUUAAUAAUAUGAGUUACUUUUUCCAUCCACAGACUCAAACUUUAAUACGCAAACGACUCAAAGAAAUUUUCUAUAUAAACGAGUUAUAUACUACGGUAUUCAAGAACAUCAACCGCAAGAGAAAAAAAAAAACAGUUCUUUAGAAGUCUUAUUACGACAAUGUCUUUUCUUGGUCAUUUACAAGUUCUUGUUUUUCUUUAUGCUCUGCUUCUUUUCUCAGCAGAAUCUCGCAAAACCCAACUAUUUGAUACAGAAUCUAGCGCUGAUGAUGGUGCUGAACACGAAAACUACGGGGAUAAGGUCGAUGCGCGAGAUAUCCCUCUGUUAUAUCUCGAGACGAAGAUUCAAAACGCUCCUGUGGGGUCACCUCAAAGACAAGAAGCUCAGAAGAAUCUGCUUGAGGAAAUAAAUCACAGGAAAAAAAUCGAUCAGAACAUUAUAGAGAUUCUUAGACUUUCACUCAAAAAAACCGAUGUCUUAGAUCUCUUAACUUCCACAAGAACAACAGGACAACCUGUUGUAGAUGAUUGGGACUGCUACAAGACUCUGGUUAAAAGUUUCAAGAAUCAAUGUGGAGCAAAGAUGGAAUACGAUAUGAAGUAUGCAGGAGGACUUGCCAAUAUCUGCAAUAUGGGAGUGGAUGUGAAGAAAAGUGUUGCAGCUAUUGAAGAAGCUUGUGCCCAUUAAAUUAUAUGCAAAAAAUAAUAUUGUGAUCGCCUUAUAAAUAUGAAAGUUAUUGCAUAACAUUUGAUUGUGUGGAGAUGGUUGAUGCCUAUUUUACUUGAUAACGCGAAAGUCUUGGUCUUAAAUUGGAUUCAUAGUAUAAUAACCUCGUACCAAUUCUAGUUUCAAGAAUUCACGCGAAAGUCUUGGUCUUAAAUUGGAGAAUGAGUAAGUGAUCGGAUAAGGCUCGGCGGCACUCGAGUCAACAUCUCGUAUUCACGUGUUAUGCUU